AUGGCAGAGGACAACGAAACUGCACGUGACCGUAGCCAAAAAAGAGGGAUGUCUAACAAAAGCUUGAUGGAAUCUCCUUUAAAAAUUCAUGACCUACAAAAAGAAGAAACAAAAGCUCCAAUAUCUCCAUUACGCAUGCCCGAUUUACCACUACCUCCACCCCCGCCAAUGCCCAAUAUAAUGAUGACAUCUCGUAUUGGCUAUAGAAGAAUCUUAGCCAAUAGAAGCAAUGAAUACCGAUCUCCUAUUUUAGGGUCUAGGAGCAGUAGUAUGGAUUUUAGUGGUAGAGGAGGCAAUUUUUAUCCUAGACAGGAACAUUUUGAUAGACAUUUAGAUUCUAAUAGAAGUCAAACUUUAAAUAAUAGAAGACCGGCGGUUGUGAGGGAAAAUAGAGCCAAUACUGUAGAAUUUAUGUCGCCUAUUUUAGCCAGAGCCUAUUUGUAUCAUAGAGAAAAUGGUGGAGCUCCGCAAACAACAAAUAAUCAACAACAACAAGCAAUUCUAACAGACCAAUUGGGCCUUUCUCCACUUCCAAGACACAAAAACUUCGAACAUCUUUCAGAACGCCUGGCUGACUUCAACGAUUAUCCCAUCUUUCCACACCUAUACAGCAAACCUUCUCCAGAGAUUUUAACCAAAGAGCAUAAGAGCAAAUAUUUUUCCAGAGAUUCAGUAUUAUCCAAUGAACUUGAAGAAGUCAGAGCUUUAAAUCAAGAACUGCAGCAAAAAUAUGUUGGAGAUAAUGCUGAGAAAAACAUAAGUAGGAUUUUGGGUGGUAAUAGUGAAACCAGUCCAGAAUAUUAUAGUGUGUUCAUGAAUGAACAUUACAUUAGUGAUAUUGAUGAAAAUGAGGAAAUCAAAGAAUUUGUGUGUGGAUAUAAGGCACCAGAGAGACGGCAUUCAGAUCAACAAGAAAAAAUCUCUACAGCAUUUUACAAUUAUCCAUCAUCAACAUUACCUACAUCUUACAAGCCAAGAAGUGCCAAAAAGUGUUCUAAAAAAUCUAGCACAAGUGCUUCCACAUCAAACAUUAGCAAGCAUAGUGAAAUUAAAACGCUUUCUCGUGCUAAUAGUGAGGAUUUUAUAUCCAGGAAACCAAUUUUGAAGCUUUCUGCUAAUUUAAGAUCUUCUAGUUUACACAGUGAUAGUGCGCCUUCAAAGAAAUCUAGUGAUUAUUAUACGUUUUUUCCUUUGGUAACUUCUAGUGGAAAAAAGGUUGAAUUUAGUGGUGAUUCGACGGGAAAAGUUAUAAAGAGCCCAAAAAGAACGGUGGUAAAGCUGGCAAAAAUCAGAAAAUCAGCGUACAUACACAAAGAGUUUGUGGAAGCGGACCACGACGGCGAUGCAUUAGCAUUCAACAGACUGAUGAGAAACCUGAGAAAAGAAAUAUCGAAAAAGCCAGUUGAAUUUGAGGGCCGGUUUGAUGAAAGAUGUCAGGAGAAUAGUGUGCCUCCAACCUUGCUUGCAGUCGUGAAAUCUCUUCUGUAUGCUGCCGAAAGAGCCAAAGAAGAAGGAGUUGUCUGUCCAGAAAUAUUGAGAAACAAUAUUUUUACUGUGGCUGCAAUAAAUAAUAAUAAUAAACAUCAGAGAGUUCUUUUCAUGGCACCGCCCUGUCAGUUUUCCAGUUGCCUAACCUACAGUCUCAUGGUGAAAAACAACUUCUGCAAACAAUAUUUAGUACGGUCCAGAAGUGUGGUAGACGCAGUGCUUCUCUUCCUGAUGGCUUCACCGUCGUUCCAGAGUACACACUUGUCCAGAAACAACCUCCUGUGCCCGACUGCCUCUGUGAUUCGUCGAGUUUCCUCACCUACCCAGAAGUCUGGAAAGCCAUUCUCAGCUAUAGCUAUUGACCAGGCUCAUGAACAUCAUAAUGCUGAAAUCAAGGCAACCGGUGGUGCGAACGGCCUUUACCAAGAUUUGAACACACGGCGCAGAGUAAUGCUCUCAGCUCCAGAGAUUAGUCGUCUUGUAACUGCAUUUGAAAAUCUAUCUCCUUCCUCUUCCGAAAAACAUCAUGAGCAGUAUUCCUCUUUUCAAAUAAAAUUUCUGGAGCGCUGUCUUGCUGUGAAAGAUGCUUUUCUGAGCGUAGGGAAUCCGUUUGAAGAGCAUAGCGGUGAUCUAUUUUGUCUGGAUACCAAAAUAGUCAUGCAAGAGAACUCUGUAAAGGCUCUAAAUAGUGCGGAAAGUGCUGGUAGAUAUGCCUAUGAAACAUUUGUUCAGGAGCGGCUCAAUCUAAAAUCCAAAGCAUUCUCGAUUACAACAGGAGAUCUUAGCGAUGAUGAAGCAUUUCCUGGUGAUGACUUGUGA